GAUUGCGGAAGUAACUUCACUCUGCGGGUUCAGGGUUCCGCCUCUAAACUAGCUAGCUAAAUAAAUGGUUAUCCCUCUACCCAAAACAAACGACUUUCCUUUUUAUAAGUACCAUUUGGAAUAUAGCAGCAAUUCACCAUUGAAUUCUGCAGUAGAUAUUUAAGGAAACAUGGCUGGACGUCUACCGGCUUGUGUAGUUGACUGUGGCACAGGGUACACAAAGAUUGGAUAUGCUGGAAACACGGAGCCACAGUUUAUUGUUCCUUCAUGUAUUGCCAUCAAAGAGUCGGCCAAGGUUGGAGACCAAGCCCAGCGCAGGAUGACGAAGGGGGUGGACGAUCUGGACUUUUACAUCGGUGACGAGGCAAUAGACAAACCAAAUUAUGCAACAAAGUGGCCCAUUCGUCAUGGGAUCGUGGAAGACUGGGAUCUCAUGGAGAGGUUCAUGGAACAGGUCAUCUUCAAGUAUCUGAGGGCAGAGCCCGAGGACCACUACUUCCUCUUGACAGAGCCCCCUCUGAAUACCCCUGAAAACAGAGAGUACACAGCAGAGAUUAUGUUUGAGUCCUUCAAUGUUCCAGGUCUUUACAUCGCUGUACAGGCGGUCCUGGCGCUGGCAGCCUCAUGGACCUCCAGACAAGUGGGCGAGAGGACACUGACAGGGACGGUGAUUGAUAGCGGUGAUGGGGUCACCCACGUCAUCCCAGUGGCAGAAGGCUACGUAAUCGGUAGCUGUAUAAAGCACAUCCCCAUCGCUGGUCGAGACAUCACCUACUUCACCCAGCAGCUGCUGAGAGAGCGGGAGGUGGGCAUCCCACCAGAGCAGUCAUUGGAAACAGCCAAAGCCGUCAAGGAAAGGUUCAGUUAUGUCUGCCCUGACCUUGUGAAAGAGUUCAACAAGUACGAUACGGACGGCUCUAAGUGGAUCAAGCAGUACACGGGGAUCAACUCCAUCAGCAAGAAGGAGUUCACCAUCGAUGUGGGCUACGAGCGCUUCCUCGGCCCCGAGAUCUUCUUCCACCCAGAGUUUGCCAACCCUGACUUCACCCAGCCCAUCUCAGAGGUUGUUGAUGAGGUCAUUCAGAACUGCCCUAUUGACGUCAGACGUCCCCUCUAUAAGAACAUUGUGCUCUCUGGAGGCUCCACUAUGUUCCGAGAUUUUGGCCGUCGUCUGCAGAGGGACCUGAAAAGGACCGUGGACGGCAGACUGAAACUCAGUGAGGAACUGAGCGGUGGCAAGUUGAAGCCCAAACCCAUCGACGUGCAAGUCAUCACUCACCACAUGCAGAGAUACGCUGUUUGGUUUGGCGGGUCCAUGUUGGCAUCAACUCCGGAAUUUUACCAAGUGUGCCACACCAAAAAAGACUAUGAGGAGAUCGGACCGAGCAUCUGCCGCCAUAACCCUGUCUUCGGGGUCAUGUCUUAAAAAGAACUUCCCUCAGUUAUCACUGGAGCUUGCAGUUGGUGCAGAAUGGAAUGGAGUGGACGGACAGAGGCAGAGUUGCAUUACUGCACUAUGGUCGCUGCUUAUUCUAGCCUAUUUCCAGGGCUGCGGUUACAGACAAAAUACAGGAAGAGAAUGACAUAGAAAUAGAAUGACUAGAUUCUAUUCCUAUGGAGAAUGACUCAUUUAUCAACUGCAGACCAAACGAUCAGGCUGACAAACGGGGGUGAAUAUCUAUGUAAAAUAGAAGGAAAUUGUGUCUUAAAGCCAAAAGCAUUUUCAGAGCAAUUGUGUGGACACAGUAAUGUGUAAGAACAGGAUAAUAAAGUGAACUCCUGUAUGAUUAAGUAUGUGCCUGUUAUUUCUAUGGUAUCCACACAUACAGCAAUUUUAAGUACAGUUGGAUUAUAUUUACUCAAUAGCUCUUUUUUUUCAGAUGCACUUCUCUGUGUGUUCAAGGGUAUAGCUUGUUUAUAUUUCAUAUUAUUGAGUGUAUAUAUAUAUUUUUUUGGGGUGGACAAGAACCCAUAACGCAUGUAAUAUUGAUAGUGGUUAUAUUCUCUCAAGCUAUAACGUAGUCUUACCAUCCCUAGUUUUGUUGUGUGGUCGCUUCGUGGAUUGGUUUGGAAUAAUCCAUGAGUCCCUGAAUCAUACAGUAUCUUCACCAAAAAAGUUAAAUGUAUUAUCCGUUAAAUUGAAAUGACUGUUAGACCAUCAUUGCUGUCGAGGAUCUCGUGUAUUUCAACGCCUACCCACAUUCCAAUAAAGGCAGACAGAUAUUUCUAUAAAUAAAUGUGUCUCGAUGG